AUGAAACGGUGGGUGUGGACAGGGACGAUUUUUCUCUUCAUCCUCAACACUGUAUCAUCACAGACAGGUGGCCCGACCCCCGUUCUUGUGUUAGAUGUGAUGCCAUACCCGGCCCGGAUCUAUCAGAAUGCGCCCCCAAACACACCGGUGCUGACAGUGACGGGCUAUGACAAUGGGACUGGGGGCCCCCUAGACGAGCUGAGACUAACUCAACCGGAAGAGUCGUCUUAUUUCAAACUACACAGGUCGACGCAUUUGAGUUGGAUUUUAGUCACCCGUCAUUAUAUAGACCAACCGUUGAACUACACAUUCCAUUUCCGGGUCUACGGUUCAGUCGAGGGUGUCAUACGAGAUAAGGACAUCGUCAUCGAUGUCGUAGAAGAAAACUUGUUUGCGCCAACGUUCCAACAUGCCCAAUACGACUUCUUGGCUUACCGCAAAUCGUUUGAGAAGGGGAUAGAGCUCCUUGGGACAGUGCAUGCUGUCGACAAUGACACUCAGAUCUAUAAUUCUUAUUUCCAGUAUCGUAUUCUGGAUAGAGAUGUGCGUCCAUAUUUCAACAUAACGCCAAACACAGGAAAAAUCAUGAUUGUAGGAUCAUUUCCAGACAGCAUUAGCCAAUAUACAUUCACUGUGACGUCCAUCGACUCCGGUUCGCCACAGAAGCAGAGUACGACUCGUGUUCGAGUCAACAUGACCGACGUACCACCCCCGGAACUGUUCUGUGUGUCUGUCGAGGGUCUACAAGCUCGGAUUUGCUGGAAGGAUCCAACUAAUGGUGCCUAUGUGGAGAGGUACCAGUUACAGAUCGCCAUGAACGACAAGAACGUAACAAGUCACCCAGUAGUAAUACGGGGUAAGAAAAACGAGGUGUGUACUCAGGUGAGAGCUACCCGUCCUGAUCGGUCGUAUCGUUUCACGGUCAAGGUAUAUAACAACACCCACUGGAGUCCAGACAGUGUACAGAGACUUGUCAACAUCACCCAGAACGGUCUGUAUGGAGAUUGCCACCUCUUCAGUGACUGUAGUGUGUUACAGCCCUGCGCUAAUGGGGGUACCUGUCGAACCCUCCCGGACAAGACCUACCAGUGUGACUGUAGAGACGGUUAUAACGGUCGAAACUGCACCGACACGGAUUUGUGUGCCCAGUCACCAUGUCUGAAUAACGGUUCAUGCACAUUUAUCUCAAACGAGAGGUUUAAUUGCACGUGCCAGGAUCAUUUUUACGGGAACACGUGUCAGUAUGUUGAUAAGUGCCUCUCAAAUCCAUGUCUCAAUAGUGGAACAUGUUAUUCAUAUUCAAACGGAACAUCUGAAUGCGCAUGCCCAAAAAGUUACUUUGGAACUCGAUGUGAAUAUUUCAAUUCUUGUCAUUCUUCUCCGUGUCAAAACGGAGGUAGCUGUUCAAAUUUUGCCAAUGGUACACAUGAAUGUUCUUGUCUUGAUGGUCACUACGGGUCAUUGUGCGAGAAAACCAAUGUCUGCAUCAAAGCUAACCCAUGUCAGCACGGAGGAAUAUGUAAUUUAAUGGAUGACGACCAAAACUUUAAUUGCACAUGCGCUGGAGGGUUUAUCGGCAUAAAAUGUGAGAUUAUGGACAUGUGUCAUAAUAUGCAAUGUAAAAACAACGCUACCUGUCAGUCCUUCGAUGGUACAGAUGCGCACUGUAUGUGUAACCCAGGUUAUUGGGGACAGGAAUGCCAGAUGGUUGACGCUUGUUUUCAAGAUCCCUGUCUCCACAAUGGAAUGUGUCACAAUCAAACGGACGGUACAUUUAAAUGCACGUGUGUUGAUGGUCAUCAUGGUGAUCACUGUCAACGCAGUGAUCCGUGCUAUUCAAAUCCCUGUAGCGUCGGUGGCACCUGCGCAAGCACGUCCGAUACAGACUUUGUGUGCGAAUGUACCCCUGAAAGGUACGGAAAAACAUGUGAAAAUAUUGAUGGGUGUAAAGCAAAAUUGUGUGAACAAGAUUCCAUAUGCGUUAAUAAAAGCAGUGAUGGUGAAGUUGAAUGUGUAUGUAAUGUAGGGACGUAUGGGCAGUACUGUGAGGAAGUUGAUCCCUGUAGAAGCUCUCCCUGUCAACAUGGAGGUCGAUGUGUCAACCACACCACACAAUAUUAUCACUGCACGUGUCCGCCAGGAUGGAUAGGUCAGGAAUGUGAAGUAGAAGACAAAUGCUCUACCCUCCACUGUCAGAACAAAGGUGUAUGUCGAUAUAAUACCAACGACGGGUCUUUUUUCUGCGACUGCGCUGAAAAUUUCUCAGGCAAACUUUGUCAGAAGUACGAUUUUUGCAAUCCGAGUAGCAACAUGUGUUUAAACAAUGCUUCCUGUAAAACUGUGGAUCACCAGUUACAUCAAAUAGUCAUCAACAGAACUAUCGCUAAUGUCACAAACUGGUACAGCUGCUAUUGUUCCAACGGUUACACAGGUCAAAAGUGUAACGUGGAGAUCGACCCUUGCAGUUUUUCAAGAUGUGACAGUGUAUGUAAGGGCAACAACAUGUAUCGAGACAAGACGGGACGAUAUAUCUGGCCAGAGACUGACCAUGGUCACAAUGUCACCAUGAUGUGUCCGUACGGAGCCCAUCCUCACCACGUGAAACCGGUCGCUUUCAGGUCGUGUAGAAGGGGUCCGUCUGGUCAUGCGAGCUGGGGCAAUCCGGAUACGACAGCAUGUUUGGAGCUAAGCCUAGACGAGGCGGAAAAGAGAUUGUUGGAUCUCAUGGCCUUCACCCACGACCCCAGCCAUCUCACCGCCGAAGUCGUAAUCAACGCAACAGAUAUCCUUGAAAAUCUGCUGGUAUUCGCCUUUGAUGAUGACGAGAUAGCAGAGGAGGUGACCAAAGUGGUCAGCAACCUUUUGACUGCCACAGAAUCAGUGUUGAUUGAAAGUAACCAUAGAAACCAUUCGAGUGAAAGAUUGGUAAGACUUCUAGACGACUUUACAAAGGAGGUGAAGACCGAGAACAACGUAUCCAUAACGACCGAAAACAUCAACGUCAUGGUAGUGAAUUUUUCCCUCCCUCACAAUACUAGCAACAACACGGCAGCGUUCCAAUACCAACCCGUCAUGGGGAGUAGCCAGAAUCAAUCAGGAUUGCACGGAGUCAAAAUGGCUCUUCCGAAAGAAGUUUUUGAUGUUGCUGGGAACAAAAAUGUCAGGCUAGAGUUUGUAUCCUACCGUACAUCUGCUUUCUUCAUCCCUGAAGAUGCCCCGCCUGAACACAUAGUUCUGAAACAAAGAGUCAUAUCAGCGACCGUCCAUAAAACCGACAUCCAAGACCUCAAUAUCCCCAUUGAAUACUCGGUUCCAAACAUAGAAAUUGGAAGUAACCACACCUGUGUAUACUGGAACACGGAGAAUCGCACCUGGUCGAUGGCCGGAAUGGAGACUGUGUCGACAGGAGGUCAUGUAACAGAUUGUCGAGCUUACCAUCUCACUAGCUUCGCUGUCUUACUAGACCCGACACCAAACAUGGUUUUACCGGACGUUCAUGACAAAGCUCUCACUUCUAUAUCCUACAUUGGAUGCGCGAUCUCCAUAUUUGGUUUGACGUUUACCAUCGUCACCUUCUCUAUUUUCAGAUCAUUGAAUCGUGAGCGUUCCGGAAAGAUUCUGUUGAACAUGUGUGUAUCCAUGUUGUUGUUGAAUGUGUCUUUCCUGUUGAUGGCGGAGACGUCCCAUUCAGACGGAGAGGGGCUUUGUAUAGCCGUAGGAAUCCUCCUCCAUUAUUUCUUGCUGACAACACUAACAUGGAUGUGUACAGAGGCCAUCAAUAUGUAUCAGGCACUCAUCAAGGUUUUCACCAAAUACUCGUCUUAUUUCAUCCUUAAACGCUGUAUCGUGGCCUGGGGACUCCCAGCGGUAGUGGUAGCCGUCACCAUGGGGGUCAACAACCUGGAUAACUACAGAUCAAAAGGACAAUUUUGUUUCAUAUCUCAGUCCAAUACAUUGGCAUUUUACAUCGCUUUACUCGGUCCAGCCUGCUGUAUUCUAGUCAUCAACACCAUAAUAUUCACGUUAGUCGCUCGUGUUAUCAUGAAGCCUAAAUUUAAAGGCCAUAGUCCUGCUGGAGAAAAGAACGAAAAGGUGACCCCAGCCCAGGUACGCGGUGCGUUCACCGUCAUGGUAUUACUUGGUAUCACUUGGGUGUUCGGACCGGUCGCCAUCAAGGAGUCCAAAAUUGUGUUCUACUAUCUGUUUACCAUCCUCAACUCUUUGCAAGGAUUCCUCAUCUUUGUGUUCCGGUGUCUUUUCAACACUGAAGUAAGAUCUGCUUGGGUUCUACUCAUAAAAACUGGUAAAUUCAAACGCAGAAGAGGUCCAAUCAAGUCCAUAGUCGAAUCCAAUACCUCGAAAGGUUACCAUGACAACAGGAUGAACGGAAGUUACGUGGAAAGUAACAACACAGAUAAAUCGAAUAUCACUAAUAGUAAUGCUAUCAGCAAAAAUAAUUUAAAAAAUGAACGAUAUAAAAAUAACGGUAACGUUCAAAAGUACAAAAAUGGAAAUAUGCCUAAUGAAAACAGGCGACCGAGCAAUGACAAAAGAGGAAGUCACGACCGUCGCCAUAGUGACGAGAGACGGAUCAGUAACGACCGUCGCCAUAGUGACGACAGACGGAUCAGUAACGACCGUCGCCAUAGCGGUGACAGGAAAGCUUCGACCCCUUCAAUAUUUACACAAUUCUAAACAAAACGUGGUCCCAAAACACCGUGGCAACUUCUCAACACACAACCAAAAAUCCCUAACAGAGUGGAUGGAGUGACCAGUGGUGUAAGCGGCUCGAUAGGGAUACGUAAUGCGUUUGUUUUUUUGUUU